ACCGCUGCUCAUUUAACCGUGUGAUGCGCCCCGACUAACACGACGCUCCGAUAUUAUGACUGCUGUUGUGGUGCUGCUGACCCUCGUGGCCACCCCGGCGGCCGCCUUCCUGGCCGCCGAGCACCCCAUGCCCAUGCCGAUGGCCAUGGCCGCCCCGUGGCAUGCCCACCUCCGCGGCCAACAGUGCAAAAAUGACAGUGCUCUCUUCGACAAGGAGCUUCACAAGUUGACCCUUUGGGCCGUUCAGAUGUUCGACGCGUCGGCCAAGUUUCCGUCGGGCGUGCUGUUCGGCGCAACCCACGCGUUGGGCAGCUACGACGAGUGCCUGUUGGUGAGCGCGUCAGGGGCGCCGGUGCGCAGCCAGUACUGCCUGGCGCGGGUGCAGCUGCGGCCGAGCACCCACCUGCCGUGGGGCGCCGUCAACGGCUCCGCCGACAGGGCUGCUCGCACCUUCAGGGAUUUCAUUGCCUCGCCAGUGGCGCCCAAGGAACACGAGCCAAGAAUCCCCAAGCAUGACGACGACGACCCUGGAGGGUCUGUCUGGCUCAAAGUGCAGAGAACAAUCAUCGAUCCGUCCAAGAAACGGAGAGACGUGUUGCACUGGGGCCUCUGCGUGCCCGCAUCGUGUGACCGCUGGGAUGUGGAGGCCCAUCUGCGGGCCGUCUUCACCCCGAUGGGCAAGUCUAUGGGCCUGGAAGGCUCCAUCAGCGUCGAGAGCUGCGAGACGGCCGACUCGGGGCCGAGCCUCAGACCAGGCGCAAUCGCCCUCAUCGUCUUUCUCUGCGUGUUUGUGUUGUUUGUGGCCAUCGGAACGACCUACGAUCUGACUCACUCCAUAAAAGACGGACGUAAAAACCUUGAUUGGCAACCGACACGCCGGGAGGAGGUGUUGCUGUGUUUUUCGAUGUAUCGCAACCUGAAACGACUGAUCAGCACCACCGCCGACGAGCACCACUUGAAGUGCAUGCACGGCAUCAAGCUCUACUCAAUGGCCUGCGUUGUUCUCGGACACCGGCUCAUGUUCUCCCUCGGCAGCCCCAUCCACAACCCGGAGUUCAUCGAGGGGCAUUAUGAGAGGCUGGACACGAUGCUUUUGCUCAACGGAUUCAUUAUUGUAGACACGUUUUUCACCAUCAGUGGAUUCUUGGUGUGCUUCCUCCUACUUACAGCCUACAGCAAGAACGUUAACGUGCCCAUCCCCAUCCUUUUCAUUCAUAGAUACGUCAGAUUGACGCCCGUGUACGCAGUGGUAGUGUGCGUGUACGCCGUGCUGCUGCAGCACCUUGGCUCUGGGCCCAUCUGGGCCGAAAAAGUGGGCCGUGAGGUGGCUCGCUGCACUGAGAACUGGUGGGCCAACCUGCUUUACAUCAACAACUACGUCAACACUGACGCAAUGUGCAUGUUCCAGUCGUGGUACCUCUCAUGCGACAUGCAACUCUUCUUGAUCUCAGUGCCGAUCGCCUCACUUUUGUGGAAGCGUCCCAAAAUCGGACAAAUCACCCUGGCGGUGGCUAUUUUCGCCUCCGUAAUGAUUCCCUUCGCGGUCACCCUGCUCUACAAACUGGACGCUCUUCUCCUGCUCUACAUGAACACGCUCGAGGAUCCGACGGUGAACCAGACAUUCCGGUUUAUGUACGCGCCUACGCACUCCCGCGGCAGCCCGUACCUGAUCGGUAUGGCGUUCGGCUACUUCACGUUUCUCGCCCAAAACGACCAGCUCAAAGUGUCUCAGCGAACGCGGCGCGCCUGCUGGUGGGUUUUGUCCGCCUUGCCUGCCAUUUCUUUGCUGUCAGCCUGGAUAUUCUACCUGCCCGGCCGCCAGUAUAUUGCGUUGGAGGCGGCCUUUUACGGCGCCCUCCACAGGGUCGGCUGGAGUCUCGGCAUUAGCUGGGUCGUUUUCGCCGUCUGCACCGGCGGCAAAGGUGUGGUGAAGCUGUUGCUUAGCAUGAAACCGGUGAUCGCGCUGAGCAGACUGACCUACUGCGCCUUCCUCAGCCACGGCGCCCUCCAGCUCUACUCGGUUGCCACCUUGCGAGUGCCUGCUUACAUGAGCAUAUUCACCCUGAUCUGGAUGACCCUCGGCGACAUCCUCUUGGCAUUCUUCGUGGGAGGCUUGCUCAAUCUGAUCUUCGAGUCGCCCUUCCUGGCCCUGGAAAAGGUGCUGAUUGGCAAGAAGAUCCAGAAAAUUAAAGGCACAGAUGAAAUCGAGCAGCGAGAUUUGUCGAAUCAACCAAUCACAGUGCUGCACCAGGAAGAUAUUGGUGGACCAAAGAUUAAUCAAGGUGCUCAGUUUGAUGGUGAAGAGACAUACAGAAAUUUUAAUGAAUAGCUUUUAGAUUAUAUACAUAUUUCUAGUGAACGCUAUACGCACCAGUAAACUUUAUAAGUUUUUAUAAUAAAAU